AAGGAAGUUCUGCUUCGGAUCAGGAGGACUCCCCCAUCGCUUCCCCUGACAUGGCUGAAGUCAAGGAGAAGAUCUGCGGCUUCUUGUUCGGGGUGGCGGACUCCACCGCCCACAACCUGGCCAAGAACAUUGGCCUGAGCAAGGCCAGGGAGGUCAACGCCGCCCUCCUGGCCCUGGAGAAGCUGGGCGAGGUGCACAAGGAGAACGCCAGCCCUCCCAAGUGGUCCCUGACGGACAACAAGCGGAAACGGAUGCAGGUCAAGAUAAAAGCCGAAGAGGUCCGGCAGAUGGUCCCACCAGACGCCGAGACCCCAGCUCCGUGCCUCGAACCCGAGGCCCCUGCCCACCUGCCUUCCCCUCACCCUUCUCCUCCUCCUCCUCCUCCUCCUCCUCCUCCACCUCUGCUGCCGGACGAGGAGGAGAAGAAGAUCGAGAACGGGCAGCAGACAGCCGAGCCGAUGGAACCGGGCGCCGGGCGCCCACCGUGGGGCGGCCCCUCUCGCAAGCGUCCCAGGUACUACCGCUUCUCCCUUUACGACCAUUUUGAGAACAGCAGCUGGGCCAGCGACGACAUCCCCGAGGACAUGAACGCCAUGAGCAACCAGGACGAGUCGCGGUACAUCAUGGUGUCCCCCCUCUCGCCCAGCUAUGCCGCCCAGUUCGACACGGCCUUCCAGUGCACCCCCUUGGAGAAACUCAUGGCCUGCCAGAAGAAGAAUCCCGUCAGCGGCUUGAUCGAAUACACGCAGUACAUGUACCAGCAUUGUGAGUUCGUCUUGCUGAAGCAGAGCGGGCCGUCCCACGAGCCACGGUUUAAAUUCCAAGCCAAGAUUGACACCCGCCGGUUCCCUCCAGCCGAAGCAGGCAGCAAAAAGCUGGCCAAGCAAGAAGCAGCCGCCAUCGCCAUGAAAAUCCUUCUCCAUGAAGCCCAGCAUGAGGGAGAGGACAGCAUGGGGCCCGAAACGUCACUGUACGAGGACAGCUCCCUCAGGGAAGCGGAGAUGCCUGAACAGGCCGAGCCCGAGGCCGAGGCCGAGCCCACCGCCCCACAGCUCGGCCUCCUCUGCGGGAAGAACCCCAUCAGCGCCUUGAUGGAAUACGCCCAGAAGCUGGGCAGCGUGUGCGAAUUCAAGCUCCUCUCUCAGGAGGGACCGCCUCAUGAUCCAAAGUUUCGAUACUGCGUCAAGGUGGGCGAGCAGAUCUUCCCCGCGGUGGUCUCGAACAGCAAGAAGGGGGCGAAGCAAAUGGCCGCCGAGGCCGCCAUGAAGGGGCUGACUGGCGAAACCACCCCUUCACCUGAGCAGAUUGAAGCCCCCUCCGAGCCCCCGCUGGACUUGCAAGGUGGCCAGCUGGCCAAUCCGGAGGAGUCCAAGACGGUCAGCGCCAAGGGGGUCGGCGAGCUAAUCAAGUACCUGAAUUCGAAUCCGGUCAGCGGCCUUCUGGAAUACGCCCGGGCCAACGGCUUCGCGGCCGAAUUCAAGCUGAUCAAUCAGACCGGCCCUCCUCACGACCCCAAGUUCGUCUUCCAGGCGAAGGUGGGCGGCCGCUGGUUCCCGUCCGUCACGGCGCACAGCAAGAAGCAGGGCAAGCAGGAAGCGGCCGACGCAGCCCUCCGAGUCCUGAUCGGGGAGAACGAGAAGGCCGAGCACAUGGCCGAAGGGCUGGGCGUCACCGAGCUGCCGGUCAGCGGGAGCACGCUGCACGACCAGAUCGCCAUGCUCAGCCACCAGCGCUUCAAUGCCCUGACCGCCCGCAUCCAGCACAGCCUGCUGGGACGCAAGAUCCUGGCCGCCAUCAUCAUGAGGAGGGGGCAGGAGGGGCUGGGGGUCGUGGUCAGCAUCGGGACAGGGAACCGCUGUGUGAAAGGGGAGGAGCUGAGCUUGAAGGGGGAGACGGUGAACGACUGCCACGCGGAGAUCAUCUCCAGACGGGGCUUCAUCAGGUUUCUGUACAACGAGCUGAUGGAGUUUGACCCCUCGGCGCCCGAAGGGAGUAUCUUUCAGCCGACGGAAGACGGCAAAUUAAAGAUCAAAGAUGACAUCAGCUUUCACCUGUACAUCAGCACGGCGCCUUGUGGGGAUGGCGCUCUCUUCGACAAAUCCUGCAGUGAGCAGGCCAACACAGCCGGGGAGGACCAGCACCAGCCCCUCUUUGAGAACCCCAAACAGGGGAAGCUACGCACCAAGGUGGAAAACGGAGAGGGCACCAUCCCGGUGGAGUCAAGUGACAUCGUGCCAACCUGGGACGGCAUCCAGCAUGGCGAACGCCUGCGCACCAUGUCCUGCAGCGACAAAAUCCUGCGCUGGAAUGUGCUCGGCUUGCAAGGCGCCUUGUUGUCACACUUCUUACAGCCGGUCUACCUUCGCUCGGUCACACUCGGCUACUUGUACAGCCAAGGUCACUUGACCCGCGCCAUUUGCUGCCGGAUGUCCAGAGACGGCAAUGCGUUCGAAACAAGACUUCCCGCGCCGUAUUUGGUCAAUCACCCCGAGGUUGGCCGGGUCAGUGUCUACGACUCCGCGAGGCAGACGGGGAAGACCAAGGAAUCGAGCAUCAACUGGUGUCUCCCAGAUAGCACCAACGUCGAAGUCCUGGACGGCACAAAAGGCAAAGUGGACGGGCCCAAGCUGGACAUGUCGCGCGUCUCCAAGCAGAGUCUCUUUGUCCUGUUCCGGAUGCUUUGUGCCAAGAUGGGUCGGGAAGAUCUCCAGAACAUCACUGUCUACUCAGAGGCCAAAGGCUUGGCUGUCCCCUACCAGAGUGCCAAGCAGCAGUUCUUUUGGGGCUUGCAAGAAAUGGGCUACGGGAGCUGGAUUUGCAAACCCCAGGAGGAGAAGACCUUCGUCCUGCCGGAACCCGCAGCCCCUCCUUUCCUGUGA